CUUCGUCAUCACAUCACAACCUUCGACCACGCAUGCAUUCACCCAAGCUGGUAACGAUUAAGCCCGCAAUUCCCGUGCCAAACUUCACAUAUGCUGGGCUUCAUCUAAUCUUACGGGCCUAUGCCGCCUCCCGACCAGUCCGAGAGCCUCACUGAGCAGUUGAUCAGUAUUGUCUAUGGAAACUCCCAUCUUCCUUCGGGGGAAAAUCUCCCCACUACCCACCCUACCACCUCGUACUACACGAGCUUGUGGUUUGACGAGAAUGGUAUCAUCAACCCGAGGAGAAUGCAGCACUUCAAUCCCGAGAGAGAUCCGGUCUUAGUCCGCAGUGGAAUGCGACUAGGUAAUUUGGCGCAUAACACCUACGCCACUUUGGACCGAGAGCACGCCCUUCCUUAUAAUAAUUGCGAAGAUGUUGGAAUCGGUGGGCAUUUUACCCAUGAUGGGUACGGAUUCUUUUCGCAUGCUUUGAUCUCUAAGCGUUGGCCUUCCGGCCACCUUACACGCCCACCCAUACUCCGGGGUGUGGGGGUGGGACCUUUUGCGCUCAUCUACUACCAAUGCCAAUGACCCGCAACAGGGUGAGGCAAGGUAGAGUUUGAGGUAGCCU